AUGGGCCACUCUCAGCUACAGUUGAACUUCAAACCUGCUCCAAAACAGCAUACUCUACCAUUUCCAAAGGCUGCCAAUGUCUCUCAAAACACCAACGCCAAAACUGACAAUAACACCAAAACUAACAGUAAAACCAAUUCUCCUCAAAAUAUAAAUCACCAACGACCUCAUCCACAAAAAAUCUUACAACCAAUACUCCACCAGACUCCAAAAAACCAGAUUCAGUCUCGAGUUCAUUCUCAAAUUCAAAAUGAUUUUUCUAAAAAUCAAACUGACGCGAUUCUAACCAAUUCAAAUGUUUCAUUCAAUUUAUCUCGAACAAAUUAUACAAAUAGUCCAAAUAACCAAACAAUUGCUAAUAAAUUAAGCUCUUCAUCAAUUAAUUCUGUCAAUUUAAUCAAUAACAACAAUAUAGAUAUAGAUAUUGACAUCGAUUCAAAUUCAAAUCCCAUCACUAUUUCUGAUUCUAAUUCCAGCUCUGAUUCUGAUUCUGAUUCAUUUACUGAAAUAACUAGCCAAAUUAAUUUGAAUAAUACUCCUAAUAAAAAAACUAUACACAAUUCACCUCCCUCAUCCUCAUCCUCUCCUUCUUCGGUAUUAAAUACACAGCUUAAAAAAACUAGAACUAGAAAUAAAAAAAUAUUCUAUAACGACAACCAUUUACAAAAACUAAAUAACAUUCAAAAUUUAAUCAUAAAAGAAAAAGAAGAUCAAUUGAAAAAAUUAAAUAAAUUAAAAAAUAAACAAACCAAACAACCAAAAUCAAAAUUAAAAACUAAAUUGAAAAUUGAUAAAGAACAAAUUAAAAACUCUAAAAAAAUUAAAAAAAUUAAAAAUAUUAAGAAAAUUGAUGAUUUAAAUCUAUCCUUAAAUGAUAUUAAAAUUUUAAACAACUCAAAUAAUAUUAAUACUUUAAAUAAUUCAAAUGAAAUAAUUGAUAUAAAUAACAAUAAUACUAAUAAUACUAAUAAUACUAGUAAUACUAAUAAUAUCAAUAAAAAUCAAACCAAAAAAUUAAAUGAACCCCAAACUCCUAAAACUAAAAAUAAGCCUGAAAAAGAUCCAAAAAUUCAAUCUCAAUUACCUCCAGAUUCUGAAAAGAAAAAGACAUCCCAGAAUGAAGACAAAUCUCAAAUGAAAAUUGCAAGUUUUUUCAAAUCUAUACCAAAACCACAACCACCACAACAAAUUCCAAUUUCAACCUCAAAUACACUACCAAAAACACCAUUAAAAUCACAAAAAUCACUAAAAAUACAAAAACCACUGCCAUAUUCACAAUCGCAACCUCAAUUACAACCUCAAUCACAAUCACAAUCUAUUCUGAUGUUAUCUACAAUUCCCAUCGAUAACUCCCCAAAAAAUCAUAAAUCGCUCCAUAAUACUCAAUUACUUCACAAUUCUCAAUUACUCAAACAAAACUUGUCAAUUUCAACAAAUCAUAAUAAAUUAGAAUAUGAUAAAGUCUUUUUAAAUUUUUAUUUAAGACAAAAUUCAUAUCUAUCCACCUUGUAUGAUUUAUCUCAGCAUCAAUUAAACUCUUCAGUAUCCACAUUUGAUUCUCAAAUGAGUCUUCAUUCAAAAAUAAACUUCAAUAACAAUGAUUUAAAAAAUUGGUUUAUUAAUCAACAAACUUCUAGAGGUUUUGAAAUAUCCGUUGAAGCUUCGAAAAUAGUCGAAUCAAUCAAUUCCUUACAAAUAACAGAAUCGCAGGUUAUUCAAUUGAUCUCAAAAAUUCCAAUUAAAUAUUUGCAAUUUUAUGAAAAUGUUAGACCUCCUUAUUUUGGUACCUUUUCAAAAAAAACAUCAAUUAUUCCUAAAUCAAACCCAUUUUAUACAAAAUCUUCGGGCUUGGAUUAUGAAUAUGAUUCCGAUGUUGAAUGGGAAAACAAUCAAGAGGAUGAUGAAGGCGAAGAUGUCGAUCUGGAUGGUGAAGAUAGCGAGAAUGAAAUCAUGGAUGAAACUACAGACCAUUUAGAUGACUUUGUCGCUGAAGAUGAUCAAGAUAUUAAUACUACAUCUAAAAAGAGAAUAUUUGGUCCAUUGAAACCAGUUAUAAAAAUAAAUAAUUUUAAUAAUAAUGAUUAUGAAACCGAUCUAUUCUUCAAUUCGAUGCAGGCAGAGAAAUUAAGAUGGAAUAUUUUUUUUCCUAUCGAUCCUUUUAAAAACUAUUGGGAACUACCAACAACAAUUAAUUCUAAUACUUUCAAGGCUUCAAAUCUAAAUACAAAAACAGAUAUGUUAAGCAGUUCUUCAACUUUAGAUUUUAUUCUUCAAAAUCAACAAAAACGGGAAAUUGGCUUGAAUUCAGCAUUAACAACAAACGAUAACACACCAGAAGUAAAUACAUUGCAAUCUCGUAAAAAGGCCAAAACUGUAAUUGUGAAUAAAAAGGAUUUAUUAAAGAUGUGUGAUUACAUCACAGAAAACGACGAUUUUGGUUUAGGAACUUUGGUCGAUGUUUUAACCAAAGAAUUAAACAAUUAUACUAGGAAAACGAUUAAAAAUACAAUAGAAAACAUUGCUCGAAAAGAUAUUAUUAAAGGUAAUCAAAGAAAAUGGACAAUUAAUCCUAGUUUUUAUAGUGCUUUAAAACUAUGA